AUCUGCAAACAUGUUCUGUCUUAGCGAGAUGGAAGAUACAGUAAGAGUGCCUCCGGAUCUCCUUAAGCUCCCACUCGAAGUUGCCAUUAAGAAAGUGCUUCAAAAGUUAUUAUUGAACAAGGUUUGCUCAUUGACCUUCUGUUUCCCUUAUACAUACACACUCUCUAAUCUUACCAAAAAGAGUUUUUUUUUUAAAAAUAAAAUACAAAAGGUUCUGUCAAUUGGCCUCUGCGUGACUAUUUACGACAUAAAAUCAGCAGAAGGAGGUUUUGUCUUACCCGGUGAUGGUCCUGCCACCUACAAGGUACGUUUUAGAAUUGUAGUGUUUCGUCCAUUCGUUGGUGAGGUCAUUGCUGCAAGGUUCAAAGAAUCUGAUUCCAAUGGCUUACGCUUGACUCUUGGAUUCUUUGAAGAUAUAUAUGUGCCUGCUCCACUCAUACCAAGACCUAACCGCUGUGAGCCUGACCCUUACAAUAGGAGUCAAAUGAGAUGGGUGUGGAUAUUUGAAGAACAAGAGUAUAUUAUCGACCAUUCAUGUCAGAUCAAUUUUAGAGUUGAGAACAUUAGCUAUCCACCUGUUCCAACUGAGCAAGCAGAGGACGCAAAGCCUUUUGCUCCUAUGGUGAUCACUGUAAGUUUUCAUUCUCUGAAGCUAUAUUACACUUGUAUUUGCAUAAUUUAUAUAACGAAACUAAUUGUAUUAAGCCUCCUACUGAAGGUUUUGGUGUGA